AUGCCUCGACCCUUAGGCAUCGCUGCGCAGCUAGGACUACCGCGAUCUAAAGUCGAGUCAGGUUUGGCUUCUCUAUCGUCUAUUAGGAAAACUUCUUUCGACUCUAUAAACUCGAUCUCUAAGGCAAUUCCCCCCUCUAAUGGUAACUCAUCCCUCCGUCUGGCGGCACUACCCUUUAAUGAUCAGAGGAGACCGCCCGCCAUCAUGGAGCCUCCGGUCAAGCAGCCCAGCCUCCAACCACGAAUGACAAUGGAGAGGUCCCGUGCGGUUGUGCCUACAGUGCAAGGCAUCGCAGCACAGUACGGCUCCCUACCCACAGCCAGCAGCGGACGGUCUCCAAACGCUUACUUGGAUGACGAGAGUGACGAAUAUGCUAGUGAUGACAGUUUCAUCGACGAUACGGACUGCACUUCUGCAAAGGACUAUUUGAGAGCGGUGAAGGACAUCCACAAGUCACUUCACUUUGAUCCAAAUAAAUACGCGAAAAUUAGCAAGUACGAUAAUCUCGCCUCCAUGGAGUCGUCCUAUCGACAGAUCGAGAAGGAAGAGAAAUUGAGUAUGCGACUCGGUGCUCGAGAAGAUCAGGAGGAUAUGGCCAUGGAGGCCGAGCGCAGACGUCGAAGGAUGGCCAAACGACUUUGA